AAACAGAGAGGAGAGAGGGGAAGAGAGCAGGAGAGGAAGGGAGAGAAAGAGACAGAAGCAAACAGAGAGAGUUAGAGUGAAGAAGAGAGAGGGAGGAUUUGCCUUUCUCUGGAUACCACCAGCACCCACCACCAGCACCCAGUAGCAGCAGCUCGGAUCCGGACGAGAGGUGACCGGGGCUGGGAGUGAAGGCGUUUGCAUUUAUGUGUGCGUAUGUGUGUGUUAGUGUGUGUGUGUGUGUGUUGCGCGUCUGGCGGACAGAUUGCGGGAGCAGGAGAGAGGCUCUCAACUUCCCUCCUCUCUGCGCCGCUCUGCCCUCUGUAUCGCCGGCGUCUCUCUCCUCCUCUUCCCCGGGACACAGGCAUCUGGCGUGGUGAGAUGUGAAGAGGCUUGAAGUAUGGCAUGCAAAGAUGGUUUCUGCCAAGAAGAAGGAGAUGGUGACAGCGAUGUGCCCCGCUUUUAUUCGGACCCUCUUCUACUUUUUCUGUUUGGCGACUUGUGUAAAGAAAAUCUCUGGGCAGACAAGGAAGGAUGAAAGGAUCUAUCCGGAGAAUUUUACUCGCAUUUUAGACCGACUUCUGGACGGCUAUGAUAACAGGCUGCGACCUGGAUUCGGAGGUCCUGUGACUGAAGUCAAGACAGAUAUCUAUGUGACAAGUUUCGGGCCUGUUUCAGAUGUUGAAAUGGAGUACACAAUGGACGUGUUCUUUCGCCAGACCUGGGUGGACCGGAGGUUGAUGUACGAGGGCCCUAUAGAGAUUUUAAGGCUGAACAACCUAAUGGUGACUAAGGUGUGGACACCAGACACCUUCUUCAGGAACGGCAAGAAGUCAGUGGCUCACAACAUGACGGCCCCCAACAAGCUCUUCCGCAUCAUGAAGAACGGCACCAUCCUCUACACCAUGAGGUUGACUAUCAGCGCUGAGUGUCCCAUGAAGCUUGUGGACUUCCCCAUGGAUGGACAUGCAUGCCCCCUCAAAUUUGGAAGCUAUGCCUACCCUAAAACAGAGAUGAUCUAUACUUGGACCAAAGGGCCUCAGCAUUCAGUGGAGGUCCCCCCCGAGUCCUCCAGCCUGGUUCAGUAUGAUCUCAUAGGCCAGACGGUCUCCAGUGAAACGAUCAAAUCCAUCACAGGUGAAUAUGUGGUGAUGACGGUCUACUUCCACUUGAAACGUAAAAUGGGCUACUUCAUGAUUCAGACGUAUAUCCCCUGCAUAAUGACAGUAAUCCUCUCCCAAGUGUCCUUCUGGAUAAAUAAAGAAUCAGUCCCGGCACGCACAGUCUUCGGCAUUACCACUGUCCUGACCAUGACGACACUCAGCAUCAGCGCUCGCCACUCCCUCCCCAAGGUCUCAUACGCCACUGCGAUGGACUGGUUCAUCGCUGUCUGCUUUGCCUUCGUCUUCUCUGCCCUAAUUGAGUUCGCUGCUGUAAACUACUUCACCCAAGCACAGAUCGAGCGGGCCAAAAAGAAGCCGGCCAAAUGUCCCCCGGUGCCCCAAACCACGCCUGUCAAGGUCAAGGACACAGAGGAAGUGCUGCAGCAAAAUCCUGAUACCAACGGUAACCUGAGAAAGCGUAUGAAUUAUAUUUCCCACCAAGAGGCGAGCAGCCAGCAGAGAGCCCAGUCCACCACCAGCAUUUCAGGAGUAGGAAGAGCGAGACCGCUGCGACCUUUAGCUAGUGGAGCCAACGGCAGCUCCUCCACCCUCUCCCGCUCCAGCCCCAAGUCUGAGAGCCUGCUCAGCGUGGCCUCCUCCUCUGCCCAGCUGGUGAAGAGUUCGCCCCAGGCUGCUGCUUCCACGCCAGACGUGAUGGCAGGGACGCCAUGCAAGCAGAACACCAGCUCCUCGUCUCUGCAGCAUCUGCUGGUGCCUAAGCUGGAGCGCAUCCAGAUGAUGGGGAACAAGCUGGAGCUAAAGCAGACGCCGUGCUCCCAGCCCACCACGGCUGGUAUGGGUGGAACCAGCAAAAUUGACAAAUACGCACGGAUCCUGUUCCCAGUGUCCUUCGGGGCAUUUAACAUGGUCUACUGGGUGGUUUACUUAUCAAAGGACACGAUGGUGGCUAAAGGUGGAUAGACUUUGCUCUGGCAACAAGAGUGAAGAUCUUUUCUUUUACCAGAUGGGGAGCAAAUAAGGAUUGCGAGUGUUUGCAAACAAUAAGAGGAAACUGUUGUUCUUGCCAAACUGAUAAACAAAAUGUGCUCGCCAAACACUUCCACAUUCAGGAGAACAAACUCAGAAUACAUUUCUAUUUUUCUUCUUAAGGUCCUCGAACAGCAAGCAUGGGAACAAAUCAACCAAAUUAGAAAUAUCUGACUCAACACAAGAAGGAGCACCUGCACACUGGAAUAUGCUACUGUCCUCCUUUAUAUUACACCAUGCUACAUCUGGCCGUAAAGGUUUUCAUCGGCUUCGACUGCCUCAUGAUCCCUUUUGGCCUGCAGUCAAGAUAAAGCAUGGGAUUUUUUUCAUUUUCCUAUUUUUGUAACCUGCACCUGGCAAGAUGUUCGGAUGUUUGUGUGCCACUAUCCUGAAAUGAACUGCAACGACGCUAUGUAAAUAUAAACAUUUAUUAGGAUAAAUGGAUUUAUAUUUAAUGAUUACAGUGUACUUCCAUCUUAACAUGAAGACUUGUUGCUUUGUCCCCAGCAGGCUAGAUGAUGCUAAAUUUUUCAAAUUAUUUGAGAGUACAAAGGAACUCUGGUAGUGGUUUCUAGGGACUUUCUGUUUAGACUAUAAAAAACUAUAAUCCUGAAUACUGGCCAAGUCACAGUCAAAGUAAAAUGAAAUUGACAGGUUUUGGUCAGAAUAAAAGUCCCCCAGGCUGAGUGGAGCUUUGGCCGGGGACCUGAUCAGCCAUGAAAAGCCUCUCUUGUACAGUACCUACUUGCAAAGCAUCUUUCUUACACAAGAUGGAUUAAGUAAUCUGGAAACACUGAAGAUGAAAUUUGGGAUCAGUCGGGCAGAAAGUAGUAAAGACAAGUUAUUCAUUCAUGUAACAGUAAGAUUUAAGCUUCUUUCCAGCCUUAAUGGUUCGCCAAAUAGUAGACAAAGAUUGUGCAAGUGAUUAAAAUACAGUAAAAUACAGAUUAAAAUACAUGAAAGAAUAGAGGGAGCAGAGAGCAAUACCCUUCGUCAGUAAAUCACUGCAGCAAUGAAAUAGUGAGCUGGAUGUUUGUUUAGGUUCAGUUUGUCUUGUACGAUAAAAGAAUGUGACUGAACUGUCCUACAACAGCUGCACAGGGGAGACAUCGGAGCUGACUGCUGUCAUCCACUUUCUUAAAUUGUGUCUAACAGAUGUGACUGACAAUGGACCUGCUUCAGCUGUUUCUAUACUCCUUCAGCUUUAACCCAUGUUACAUCAUUUCACUGCAUUUCAUGGUGUUAAAGCUAGGAAAUGUCUCAUGUAUUACUGGGUAAGGUCUAUGGGGCAGAGGCCAAGCAGUGUCGUUAUUAAAGCUGCAGUGGUGGCAUGAUCACACUUGACACAUGUUGAAGGUAGAGCAUAGGAAAUGGCGUUUUUUGUGGAAGGCCUGAGGUAGAGGAGCCUGCUGAUUUUUAUUUUUCAUGCAACCCCAGAGUGAGCUGAUGUGCAGCUGUCAGUCAUUCAGCCACUGUUAAUUGGGCCAGCUAGAGUUAAGGUAAUGGCAUUUACUAUAUUACCAGCAAUCUGUCUGAGUGCAGCGCUGCCUCUGGCCCCGCUCUCUCUGUUUAGAUCAUGUUUAAGAAAUAGUUUGACAUUUUUGGAAUUUUUUUUUUCUGCUUUCCUGCUAGAUGAGAAGAUCGACACCCACUCUCAUGUAAGCAUGCUAAAUAUAAAACUGCAGCCAGCGGUCAGUUAGCUUAUCUUAGCAUAAAGACCGCAGCCAGAGGCAGUUAGCCUAGCCUGACUCUGUCUACAGGUAACACAAUCUGACCCAGCACCUGUGGCACAAUGUCUACACAGCCUGCAGAGCGAAAGCAGCCAUUAGCAGAGUGGCAGCAGCAGUAGCUUUGUUUGUUUAAUCCAUACAGAAAUGUGUUGAAAGUUUAAAUUAUGGUUUCACAGCUUAUUUGUGCAUAUUAUUUCUUGACCAGUAGCAGUGACUUCCUGGAGUCUCUGCUGGUUGCUUAGCAACUUCACAGUAAUGACAGGACUCCAGGAAUUCAGCUAGCCAGUCUUCCCUGUUUCCAGUCUGCUAAGCUAAUGAGCUUAGCGUGUCCUAAAGACAUGAGAGUGGCAUCAAACUUCUUACCUGCAUCUUGGUAAAAUAAGCAACUAAGUGUAUUUUCUAAAACAUCAAUUUUAGAGUUUAACAAAAAAAUCUCUCUGUGGACAAAAGAUGAAACAUGACACAGUGUUAGCUUAAUUUUUUGCCACCACUGAAUUCGGUGCAGUCUCCAUCCCUUUCCCAACCAUAUUGAAAAUAUACUAAAAAUAGCGUCCUGUGUGACCCCCCCAGAGAUAACGAAAGAUACUGCUGAUAAUUGAAUCUUUGAAUAAGUGAAGGGCGUCGUUACCCAGAUAUGAUACAACAUGACGUCAGAAAAUUGUCCUCUCUGCUGGCUCCUCUGUUUUGUAACUGGCUGGUGGAGGUGAAGCAGGGGUUUUAUUGUCAUUGAAUCCUGUCUCUGGGCACAUUUCUAAGUGAUUACUUGCUAUAAAUAAGUGCAAAGAAGACAAAAUGACAGUUUUGGUAAAUAACAGGACUCUGUAUAUAUUUACUCUCUAUAUAUUUUACCUAUAAAUCUGCAGUGUCAGCCUCUAGAGCCUGCAGAUGACAGUUUCUUAGCAAGCAGGAUAUUGAAACAUCUGUGAUUAUAAUUUAGAUAUUAUCUUCAAUAUAUUUUGUUAAGGGAAUCAUAAAAGUAAUAGAAUAUAUUUCCCUGUGGCCUCAUUUUCCCCUGUUAUUCAUUGGAGACUGUUUGCAGAAGUUGAAGGUUAACAGUUGGUGGAUGAGCUCAGCUUCACUGUAGACCUGAGAGAGAUGUCAUGUGGAUACACCGAGCGUGGGGAUUCAUGAUGUAGUAGGCGUCUAGUUUCUUGCUCUAAUAGCCAUAUCAUCCAUGGAGUCAUGGUUGUUGGCCCCGUCGACGGUCUAGUCUAACAGGAGUUAUGAUGCUGCCACAGUGGUGAGAAACACACAGGCUGAUGGACAGAUCAAGAUGCCCGCCGCCACUCACCUCUCCUAAACGCAGUCAUGUGUGAAAUUGAUUUUGCCGUUAUUGCUUCCCUGUUGGUACCUCACUCUCCCCCUGUUGUCUCUGUCUCUCACAACAGUGUACAAAAUACAUCUCAUUAUAAAAACACAGAACAUCCAUGUACUAAUACGGACCCUGUCAACAACAGAUUGAUGUUCAUGCGUUUAUGUGGCGUGAUUCUGCUGCUCUAAAUGUGUGCAUGAUUGAUAGAGCUGCCAACGACAGGUUGUGAAUUUGUUUUUUUAUUUUUUCACCAACAUGCUGUUCUGGAUGACAGACAGGCAGUUAAAGAUGCUCCACACGCUCGCUGCCAUUUUGAAAGCUGACACGGGGCAGGUUUGUGGAAAGUUCAACCACAUCCUGACAUCAAGCUCUCAAUUAAUCAUUGUCAUAUCAGCUGUUUAAAUAGCUCGAAAGCAUCAAAAUAGCUUUUUCAAAAACUGGAAAGUGCAGAUGGUGCUGUAAAAUGGGGCAUUCAUUGUAGUUUCAGAGCACUUUUGAAGUAAACCGUGGUGUACCGCUCCCUCUAGUGGCUCUACUGACUCAAUUUUAUGCUUAACAAGAUCUUAUUUGAGAAAGCAUCUGGAGGUUCUGUACGAUCUAAAUUAUUAUACUGACAAAAAUGUGUUUCAAUUUUCAAAACAGUCCAUUAAGGUAACAUUACAGGUUUUUAUUGGAUGCUCAAAGUUAUAAUUCUUUGUUUCCUACUGACAAAGCAAAGUCUCCUUUAUAUUAUCAUCAUAUGGGAUUUAAGGACACAAAACGUCCUGAACGUAAAGGUGAUCUGAUCACCUUGUUUUUAGGAAAUAUACAGAAACUCAUGGUCAUAACAGAGUGACUUUGAAACGUAUAUCUUUAUAUACAGUGGCAAGAGAAGAUUUAGAAUAUCCUGAAAUCCGGUGCUAUAACACAUGCCUGAAACGCUAUACAGACUUUGCUUCCUGGUCAGUAACAUCAGACAAACUGAAGUUCAUUCACUCCAAAGAAUACAAAUCAAAUUUGAUCAGUUUGGCGGAAUUAAGAGUUUAUUUAACUUUCCAUCAGUGUAUCAACAUAAAAUACAACCGUUCAUGUCAAAAUGAAUUGACUCCUACAAUUGUCAAGUCUUUAAGGCCUUUUUGAACAAGAAUGACAGUCUGUUCACACACUCAAUACAGAGAGCAGGACAUGUAUUGAACUGCAUCUACUCCCCAAAAUUAUUGUUUUGUUUGUUUUUGGUACAAAAUGAGUCACUAAAUAGUCUAAAAUAACAUUGGUAUGUGAAUUCACACCAAGUCAGUACUAAUGGACUGAGAAAAUGCUGUGAUUACUCUUCAUCAUGGCUGAUACACUGUGGUGUGACAUUUGAAUGAUUUCAAAACUGAAUCAUGUGUAUGUUGAUCGUCACCACAUGGCUCUGUACAAAGAGCAUUGUUUUCUUACGCCUCGAGAGUGAUGAACCACUAGAGGGAGCAAAAUGCCGUGAUUUUCUUCUGAAACCAAAGGACUUCAUACAGUCACAUCAGAUGGCUCUCAGUACAGCCUGACCAAACAAACAGGCUGGUUUGCAUCUACUUUACUGUCUAAUUCCCUUGAUUCUGAAGUGAAAGAUCAAUGGCUAGCAUUUUGUUAGGUUAGAGUCCUCAUGCUGUGAAAGUGGUGGAGGCCCAGGGUCUGAAGAAUAGUUGCAUUUCAUGAGCUGCUCUCUAGAGAUUAGCACACUAACAAUGUAGGUCUUCCAUAGUAUUAUUCUUAUCACUCAUCUAUCCUCAUAGAUUGGUCAUAUCUUCAUAUGUACUGUUUUAAAGUGACGACACUUUACCCUGAAGGCUCAUCACCAGUGUCCUAUAACCUGUUAGGGGUAUCUUCCUUCAGCAUCAACAGACCUCCCGGGGUAUAUUUUGAUUUUGAUAUUUUUGCAAUGACAGAUAAUUUCCAUUGUUGUAUCAAUGAUCAGUUUUUGGCUGAUGCUGUAUGUGUCACAUGAAAUGAUUUAAAUUCACCAUUACCUUUUCUAAUAUUCCUUUGGGCAUCACUUCUCCUGCAGCCUGUUCAUCUAAGUGGUUUCAUGUGUAAUAUGUGUAAGACCUCACUUAACCCAGUUUUUGGAAUGCCAUGGGCCAAGAUAAUUAAUGUGGAGGCUCUCGGUAGUUAAUAGGAUAAUACAGUCUAAUUUGUAAUGUACUUUCGUGCACAAGUGCAAGUCAUUUUGGGAUUUACCCCCAAUGAAGAUGGAAGGCAUGCCUCCAAUUGUUUGUUGUGUCACAACAUUUACACACAGAAUGUGAAGAGCCUAAAAAAUCCUGAUCUUAUCUGCUGGUGCAUGUUUGCACCGAUGGGUUUCACUGAUGUGGAACAAUGAUUUCUGGAGGCAUGAUCUGGAUUAUACCCUCAAUAAUAAUACUCAAUAGUAGGAGCACCACUUAAAGCAAUAUUUAGACUAUUAGAUAAGCCACACACAGACAGCAAUAAUGUAAACAAAAGCAUAGUGACAUAUGUGCACAACCUUAAAUGGCUUCCUUACAUAGACUAAUGCUGCACCAAAGGACUCAUUACAAUGCUUUUCCAUUAUGUAAGAAUUUAAGAUACACUUUAAUUAAUUCAACACAUAAUCAAACACUAACAGACCCUCAAGUUGUACUAAUAUUUUAACAGUAGUGCAGAUCUUUGAAUGCACUGGUGUGCAGAUGAUUUUCUGCAACAUUGCCUGAAAGAAAUUUACUUGUGAAAAUGAAAACUCUGUCGUGUACUUAGUAUUGAUGCCAGGUUGAAUUUAUCUCAAAGUUGACGACAAACUAUGGUACUAACUGUACAUUAUUCCAAUUUGAACUGUUUGUCAUCCGCUCAAGUUGUUACAGUCAAUAUGCUGAUAAAAAUAUUUUUUGAACUGAUGUUUCAUUUAUUAGUCCUUAUCUAAUGCACUGUUUUGAAUAAACACAAUUAAACAUGUUAGAAAAAAUC